AUGGCAGCUGUAGCUCCAAAGCUCUUCAGCUGCGGUACACCAGAGCCAAGUGAAGAGCACAAGAAGUUGUCUUUGGCUCUCGCAACACAGGAGAAGGAGAUGGCACUGGCUAGCAACGAUACCUUCACCACCAUGGCCACGAUUAGCGUUGAUGUGUAUUUCCAUGUCGUGGCUGCAUCCACUGCGCUGAGCGAUGGAUACGUGACUGAUACCCAACUCACCAACCAGCUCUCGGUGAUGAAUGCAGCAUAUGCACCGCAAGGCAUUUCCUUCGUGCUCAAGGGAACCGAUCGCACCAUCAACUCCAAUUGGGCCAAUGACAACUCUGAGUUGGCUAUGAAAAAGGCGCUCCGCAAGGGCACCUACCGUUCGCUGAACCUGUACUUCCUUAAGUCUCUCAGCGGCAACUUGGGAUACUGCUAUUUCCCUGCCAGUGUCACUUCUGGAUCAAACGACUUCUAUUACGAUGGCUGCAGCAUCCUGUACUCAACUGUUCCAGGUGGUAGCCAGACUAACUACAACUACGGCCAAACUGUCACCCAUGAGGUCGGACACUGGUUUGGCCUGUACCAUACUUUCCAAGGCGGCUGCACGGGCAAUGGCGACUAUGUAUCCGACACCCCCGCUCAGGCGUCCGCUUCUUCUGGCUGCCCCGUUGGCCGUGAUUCUUGCCCGAGCCAGGCUGGUGUUGACCCCAUCCACAACUACAUGGACUAUUCAUAUGACACUUGCUACGAGGAGUUUACUGCUGGCCAACAGACACGUAUGUACAGUUACUUCAACACAUAUCGUGAGGGCAAAUAG